CUCGUCCGCAACACACCACGAUGGACAAGACGACGGAUGUCGUCGCGACGCCGACGGCCGACUACGCCAUGGAAGGCGGCCUCAAGUACGCUGGCAAGGCCAACUCGUUUGCGCAGAUCCUGCUCCUCGGCCUCAUCUGCUUCGGCUGCCCCGGUAUGUUCAACGCGCUCAACGGUCUCGGUGGCGGCGGUCAGGUCGACGACAAGGUCAGCUCCAACGCCAAUGUGGCUCUCUACGCGUGCUUCGCUGGCUUUUCGGUCUUUGCCGGCUCAGUGCACAACUUUUUGGGCCCGCGCCUCACGCUCUUUGUGGGUGGCUGCACGUAUGCCCUCUACGCCGGCUCGCUUCUCAGCUACAACUACACGCAGAACGGCACGUUUGUGAUUGUCGCGGGCGCGAUUCUCGGCAUUGGCGCCGGCUUGCUCUGGACGGCCCAGGGCACCAUGAUGCUUGCGUACCCGACCGAAAACGAAAAGGGCAAGUUCAUUUCAAUUUUCUGGGUCGUCUUCAACCUCGGUGGUGUCCUCGGUGGUUUUAUUCCCUUUGGCUUCAACUACAACUCGACCGCCGCCAGCGUCAACAACGCGACGUACAUUGGCUUUAUCUGCGCCAUGGCCAUCGGCACGUCGCUCGCGCUCGCCCUAAAGGCGCCGUCGACGGUGAUUCGCUCGGACGGCACGCAGGUCGAGUACCCCAAGGCCGCGUCCGCGAUGAUUGAAAUCCGCGGGCUCUACGCCGCCAUCUUUGACUGGCGCAUGCUCUGCCUCAUUCCUGCCUCGUUCGCGUCCAACUUUUUCUACGGCUACCAGUUCAACGCUGUGAACGGACACAUGUUUUCGCUCCGGACGCGCGGCCUCAACAACGCGCUCUACUGGGGCAUGCAGAUGUUCGGCGCCUACGCCUUUGGCAACUACGUCAUGGACAAGCCGAGCAUGACUCGGGCCAAGCGCGCGCAGAUCGGUCUCUUCAUCACGACGGUCAUCGUCUUUGUCGUCUGGGCCCUCGGUGUCCUUGUGCAAAAAGACUUUUUGCGCGACGACCCGAAGCAGAACAUUGAUUUCCUCGAGAGCGGCCGCGCCGCAUUCCCCAUGAUUGUCUACCUGCUCUACGGUCUCGUCGACGCCAUUUACCAAAACUACGUCUACUGGAUGAUCGGUGCCAUGUCCAACGACCCGAUGGAGCUUGCGCGCUUCGUGGGUUUGUACAAGGCGUUCCAGAGCGCGGGUGGCGCCAUCUCGUGGCGCAUUGACGUGCUCGAAGUGUCGUACAUGAACCAACUCAUCAUCAACUGGGUGCUCAUGGCCAUCUCGCUGCCCUUUAUGUACCUGCUCGCGCGCAAGCUCUCCAACUAAAACCCUGUUCAUUCCAUUUUGCUGAUCGUACGGCUUAGAAUCUUGUCGUGCCUCGUGUGACCACCUGCGGGAUGCUUGCGCCACCCGUGGUCAUAUGUGGGCGAAGAGAAUUUAUCAUCGACAACAGUAUACAAGAUUUAAACGUACUUCAUAGUGUG